UAUUGUGAUUGGUUGGCCUCCCUGGGCCAAUUACUGAGUGACUUUUGACGUCUCUAGUGUUGUGAUCGGUUGUUAUUGACAACGAUAACGGGUUUUACUGCGAAAAAUAUUGGAAUAGUACUUGCUUUGACAUUUCUCUCAAUUACGAUAAUUUAUUGUCGAUAUUAUUUAAGCAUGAAUUCGGCUGUAGAUAGUGCGGAAAACGACAAGCAUGUUAUUAUUUUCGAUGCUUCGAAGAAUGAGAGAAGACUCAACGAAGAAUUCAAGAUUUUACAGAGGAAGCUGAAGCAGAAGUGGAAAUUUGUCGAGAAUAAUGAAGUAUUAUCUCAAGAGACUUUGGCCAACGGCCAAGUCCUGGUGCUGGCCGAGCCGCGGAGUAAAUUCACGGAACUGGAGAUGAAUUCAAUCAGAGGAUUCAUAAAUGGUGGAGGAAAUGUCCUAGUGAUGCUUAGUGAAGGGGGAGAAAAUAAAUUGAAUACUAAUAUCAAUUUUUUGCUCGAAGAGUUUGGAAUCAUGGUGAACAACGACUUCGUCGUGAGAAUGAAUUACAAUCAAACACUGCAUCCUAAGGAGUGCACCAUCACCCAGGGGUUAUCAAAUAAUUCGAGAUUUGUACAUAAUCGCGACGACUUCACGCAUAUAAAUUUCAUUUAUCCUUAUGGGGCGACAUUGAAUGUCGUGCAACCUUCAACAGUGGCCCUAUCAACGGGUACCCUAGCCACCCCAAUGAAUAGACCAGUUUGUGCGUAUUACUCAUCACCCACGAGUACAGGAAAACUAGUCGUUCUAGGCUCCUCUCGGUGUUUGACUGAUUGCUAUAUCGAGAAAGAGCAAAACGAAAUCUUAAGAGAUAUGAUAUUUCAAUUCUUUCAGUCCCAAGAACAAGUGUCCAAGAGUUUUCAUUUGGACGAAAUUGAGUAUCCAGACUAUACGUAUGUCCCGGACAUCACAAUAGAAGCGGAAAACCCAAAAGUCUGCAUUCAGGAUCUCGACACCAUAGACAUACCCCGAGAGUAUACAAAACUUUUUAAACACCACUUCUACUCCAUUAAUUUGUCAAUGGUUCCCGAGUGCAUUAAAGCUUACGAAGUUCUUGGAGUUGACCACGAUCCAUUGACCCUCAUAAGGCCACAUUUCGAGACACCAUUACCACCUACGCAGCCCUCAGUCUUUCCCCCGAGUUUCCAAGAGCUACCUCCCCCUGCCCUGGAGCUCUUUGACCUCGAUGAGGAAUUCAGUUCCGAUUUACUCAAACUGUCGCAACUGACAAAUAAAUACAUUCUAUUGACAGGCUCCUCAGACGAGUCUGAGCUCGAUUACUACAUUCGCGAGUUCGGGGAGAUAAUCAGAAUUAACAAUUCACCAAUUUCCACGUCCAAACAAGUACUUAAUCAUAUAUUUCAAAAAUUGAGUAGCUACAAAGCAAUGCAUAAUUAACUGACGAACCUGCCAUUCCUACCUAAGAUUCCAAAUCGACGAUGAAUUUAUAUGAUAUUAAUAGGCUUCAGUAAAUGUAUGCGUUAAAUAAAUUGAAUGAAUUAAUUCAAUUAAAUGGAAUAAUUAUUUUUUUUAUUUUAUCCAAUU